GUAUGUUUAGAGAGUUUUCAAAAUGGCCGCCGUUUUGUGAAAAUUGUGUUUAUGACACAGAAGAAGAAAAUGUGAACAUCACUCCAGCAUGAAGUCAGCGAAUUUAUGAUUAGUUGUGGUAAAAGAUCAUAAAUAUGGCCACCAAACGGCCGGCAGAUGAUUCAUCUGGGUCGGCUGGACCUGCCGCCAAAAAAGCUCUCACCAGAAUUGAACCUCUCAAGAUUGGUCCAAUAUCGAAUCUGGAGGAACUGGAUCUGAAAGUUUUAGUUUUUCAAAACAAGAAGUUAGCUGAAAGAAUUGAACAGCGCAAGCGUGCAGAAAGUGAACUACACAAGAGAAUCGAACAGCUGGAAAACCGACAACGCACAGAUGAUGCUGUACUGAUGAUAGUUAACAGAUACUGGAAUCAGCUUGAUGAAGAUGCACGUGUGUUGCUGCAGAGAUUUGAUGCUGAAACAGCUGAUGAAAAUGAAACCAAAAAUGAGAGUGAUGAGACGACAGCGUUCCUUGCCCUGCUGUCCACCUGGGACAAGCAGGAGCUGGAGGAGAAGCUGAGCCAGAGGGUGGAGUUCUCUAAGCGAGCCAUCGGCAAACUGCUCCAGGCCUUCGACAGACUGCUGCAGAGGAACGAGAAGCUGCACAAGGUGCUGGAGAACAAGGCCGAGAAGGACAAGGAAGACUUGCUGGGGGUCGUUGUGAAACCGACCAAGGAGUCCGAUGAGGAGGAGGAAGAGAAGGAUGAUGACAAGGCUGAUGGGGACAAGAAGGAGGAGGAGGAGGAUGGGAAGGAAGACGAGACACAGAAGAAGCUGGCGGAAAUUGAAUGCAUGGUGAAGGAGGAACUGGACCAUCUGCGAAAGGAAAACAAACAGCUGCACAACCUCGUUACGAAUCUGCAUCAGCGUCACCACGAACAUACACUCAAAAUCUCAGAGCUUCAAGAUCAGGUGACUGCGUCCGAGACUGAGAUUGCAGAGAUGAAGAACAAGGUGGAUGAUCUGGACUAUCAGUUUGAGAAGGCGGAUCAGCGGUGCGAGAAACUGGACCGACAUUUGUCGGAAGCCUUCUCCAAGCUGAGGAACUAUGAGGAGACGACUGGAGCCAUCACUGUCGAGGGCAUCAAGAGUAUCGGAGGCGUCUCCAAAACCAGGCUUGAUGAGAUCCUGUCGGAGCUGGAGGAGCAGCGAGAGCUGGCCACAAACCGGCUGAGUGAGCUGGAGAAGCUGAACAAGGAUCAUCAGGAAGCCUGCAAGGAGGUGGAGAAACUCAAGAUGGAUCUGCAGCACCUGCCUGAGGCAGUGAUCAUCGAGACGACAGAGUACAAAUGUCUUCAGUCCCAGUUCUCGGUGCUGUACAAUGAGAGCAUGGCAAUCAGAACACAGCUGGAAGAUGUGCGCAACCAACUCCAGAACAACAAGAACGGGCAUCUGCGUCACAUUGAACAGAUGGAGAGUGAUGAGCUGGCGUGCCAGAAGAAGCUGCGGACGGAGAUGAUACAACUGGAGGACAUGCUGGCACAGCUGCGGAAGGAGUACGAGAUGCUGCGGAUAGAGUUUGAACAGACACUUGCAGCUAAUGAACAGACAGGUACCAUCAACCGGGAGAUGCGCAACCUCAUCCAGUCCCUACAGAACCACAACCAGCAACUCAAGAUGGAGUCCGCCAGGUACAAGCGCAGGCUGAAGGAGACACAAGUAGAGAAUGCCAGGUUGAAGGCCGAAGGUUCCGGGUCCACGUCGUCCACCCCGUCCUUGUCAUCGGACACGAAGGAGAUCAAGGAGGAAGCUCCCGUAACAACCCCGCCUGCCACCAUCAAGCUUGAGCCGGAGCUGCUGCCGGUGAAGAAGGAGGAGGAUUUAUCAGAUGACAUGGCGGAGUACCGUGAGAAGGGCAAGACGGACUCGGAGGUCAUCAAGGAACUCCGCGUACAGCUCAAGAAGGCCCAGGACAGUCAGAAAGAGCUGAAGCUGCUGCUUGACAUGUACAAGAGUGCACCCAAAGAGCAGAGGGACAAGGUCAUGCUGAUGGCUUCGGAGAAGAAGUCCCGCCAAGAGAUGGAGGAGAUAAGGGCGCAGAUCAAGAAGAUGCAGGAGGCAGAGAAGAAGGAAAGGAGGAAGCUGGCGGAGGAAGAUGCCAUCAGAAAGAUCAGGAAGAACGAGGAGACAAUCUUAGAGCUGCAGAAAAACCUGGCAUCUCAGAAACAAAGAGAAGAGGCCCUGCUAAAUGAUCUCGAGGUCACCGGCCAGGCGUUUGAGGACAUGCAGGAGCAGAACACACGCCUCCUACAGCAGCUUCGUGAGAAGGACGACGCCAAUUUCAAACUCAUGUCAGAGCGGAUCAAGUCAAACCAGAUCCAGAAGCUGCUGCGAGAGGAGAAGGACAUCCUGGUGGAGCAGGUGUCGACGCUGCAGCUGCAGGUGGAGGCGCAGAACCAGGUGGUCCGCAAGCUGGAGGAGAAGGAGCGUAUCCUGCAGAACAACCUCUCCACAGUCGAGAAGGAACUCAGCUUGACCCAGCAGGCCAUGGAGAUGCACAAAAGGAAGGCUGUGGAGAGCUCCCAGACAGCUGCUGACCUCAAGCUCCAUCUGGACAAGUACCAGUCCCAGCUGAAGGAGGCCCAGGUCGCUGUGGCCGAGAAGACAGGUGCUCUCGAACAGGAGGCAUACAAGUAUAAGAGAACUCAGGAAGAGAUAGCGAAGCUUCAGCGUAAGCUUGAGAGGAGUAAGAAGAUCGAGAUGGCCGGGGCUGCUGACGAGGUGCUGCUGGAGGAGAUCAAGGAAUAUAAGGAACAACUGACCUGCCCCUCUUGCAAAGUUAACCGGAAAGAUGCAGUGCUCACUAAAUGUUUCCAUGUGUUCUGCUUGGAAUGUUUGCGAACACGUUAUGAAACCCGACAGCGGAAAUGUCCAAAGUGCAAUGCUGGCUUUGGAGCCAAUGACUUCCACCGACUGUAUUUGACUUGAUCAUGUAUGUGCUGCUCCGGACUUCAGGAGCUGGCUUCAUUUAAGACUUGUCACAGGUUAAAUCCUUGUCACUGCCUCACGGGUUUGAAUAAACUACGCUACUCCAUCACCCAUGAAUACAUAUUAUUCCUGUGGGAGUUCCGUGUUAGAAUAGGUCCCCAGCAAAAAGGCAACCAAAUGAAGCGGUGACUUGGUUGAUGGCGUGUUCUCGUACCCAUUGGACAGGGAUCGCUGCUCACAUUAUCGAUCACUGGAUUGUCUGGUCCAGACUUGAUUAUUUACAGGCCGCCGUCAUAUAGCUGGAAUAUUGCUGAGUGUGGCGUUAAAAAACAAAAGAGUCCAUUCAGCUGCGGUGUGGAGUGAUAGUGACACAUAUCUAUUUUUAUACAGGUAGUGAAUAGAGGCUGUGUAUUCAGUACAUCAUAAUUAAGCAAUGUACAGAAUAGGUGUCUGCAAGGUUGUUGCCGAUGUUGCACAAGAAAUGUUGUGGAUGUAAUCUGAGCACCCAUUGGUCUGAGGUCUUGCUGAUUCCCUCUCGCUGGAACCAGGCCUUCGCUUGAUUGGUUGGUUAGAAAUAGUUACAACUUGGCGCAGAGGCCUUAUGUAUUCACAGGUGAUGGAGGAUUGUAAUUUCUACAAACCGUCAAGUACCAGUAUUGAUGAUGAGGUUAAAGCUGCAGCAAAAGUUGCAUCAUUACAAAGGAUACAAAUAUGUUGCCAUCCUAGGUUAUCCAAAGGGGGUGUGUGUUUAAAUUAGUAUGUAACCAAAUAAACAAUUGAGUUCUAUCAAUCUGGAAAAGGUCCUCCCUACAUAAAUGUAUUCCUUGAGUAAAAUACUGGAAUACUGGAUUUGUUUUUGUUUUUUAAAAAUGGAAAUAUAAAUGAAACGUGCAGCGAACUUCAUGAUGAUGCGGGUGGUGCCUGAGAACCAAGACUUUUUUUUUUAGCCUCAGUAAGUCCCAAUUAACCAUGUAAACAGUAGUGUAGAUGUGUAGAUACCAUGUACACAGUAUCGGGAUCACCUGCUGGAUGCUGUCCAUCUUCCUGAGGCAAGGGAGUUAACUGACUAGAAAUGUCCAGUUUCCACCCUUGCCGAACUAGGCUGGAAGUAUGGAGUUAUAUUUUGGUUGGAGUACCGAUUCUAUGCAUAGUCCAAUCAAAAUUGUGCAACAAAAUCAACAUGUGGUUUGUACACUGCCAUGCAGAUUUCGGGUUGUCUGAUCAAUCUACGUCAUGAAGGACGCCGCCAUUUCGUUUGAAGCAAAUGCAAGUUAAUAUGAUAGGUGGAAUCUGAUUGGUCAAUAGGAGGGACAUGGAAGGGACAUAACUCAUAAUAGACUGGUGGCGUAUGAUCGAGCCACGAAAUUCCAACCUAGUUCGCGAUGGUGGAAACUGGACUUUUACAGUCAGUUAGCUCCCUUGCCUCAGGAAGAUGGAUUCUGUUAUGUUAUUUAGUAAGUGACAUCGUGAAAUACUACUAGCUUCAAUUCAUUAAGUUAUUCAACUAUCUACUGGAGGUUAUAGUACAGUGUGGAAUCGUAUGGAUAUAUAUACUACUACAAUAUUUAUGUUUCAUUCAAUGCUUAUUGUGCCGGGUGAACUUGUGAGUACAAGCUGACAUGGAAGAACGCCUGUGUGGAGCCUCAUUGACAUGAGAUUCAUUUCUGUGUGUAUUUGCACUUGAUGCAUAUUUCUCUCUUAGUAUUUGCAUGUGUGUUCACCUUCAUUGUUUUCAGAUAGGACUCUAGUAAUGUAUUCGGUCCCGAUACUAUUCAUAUCUUGAUAGUAAUGUUGGGAUUUGGGAGCCCUAAACUUGUAUAAAAGAGCUGCUUUUCGUCACCUAAGUAGACUAUCAUCCAAUAAACUAACUAUGGUUUGAAAAAUGGUGAACAUCCCUACGGAAUAUAUUUUUACAGUUCAUUUUUGCAUUUUCUACCUUUCAGUCCUUAUGUAUAUGUGUCUUUUCAGGGUUAGAAAAUAGAAAUUAAGGGGGCCUGAGUUCUGUGAGGAUUUUGGCUUUGGUAUUUUAAUCAAGGUCAGCUAUAAAUCUUUAAUCUUUAAUUACAGGUUAUGACCUGGACCCUUGACUGUUUAAUCUCAGUUUAGAACACUGGUUUUGUAAAAUAUGCGUGAUCUCAUGAUGUUAGUAUCAUAUAGCACAAAGUGUCACAAUGCAUUGGUCUGUCCUGGGGACACAGGUGGCACAGUUGUCUAAGGCGCAGCAAUUCGCUAUGCAGAGUUGCAUCCCAUAUGCAUGCCAUAAACCUACAAUUGUGGGUUUGAAUCCCAGUUUGGACCUGUUUCUAGGUUUGUCAGCACCAUAUCCAGGGUCGGUUCUACCAAAGUGGUAAAAGUUGGAGACCUGCAUCACUUUUGGCUUUCCUCCCACAUUAAGCUGACAUGCCAUAAUACAACCAAAAUCCUGCAUCCUACAUACAAAAAAAAAUGAAAAUGGAUGCCCAAAGAUUUAGAUUAGGCUGUCAAAGUUAUCUCAAGGUUCACCUGAUGACACCUCCUUGAGGGCUUGUCAGAUCUUGAUGGAGAACGCUAUCAUUUCAGAGUAAGACAUGUGAUGUUAAUGAGACUG